UAUGUUAGUCUCCCUGACAGUCUCAUGACAGAUUGUCACGGAUAUAUAUUUUGGUAAAAUAUAUUUAUGCUGCUUAUGUUUCAUUUUAGAACAAAUUAGUUCUAGAAGUUAUUGGCUGAUUGUACAAAUCAGUGUGUGUUUUUGAUUUAUACACAGGCCUGUGUUUAUUCUAGUGACAGUUUGAUUUACAAUCCCCACAGAGAAGAACGAUGGCACAUGGUGCAGUUCUUUAUCUGCUUUUUGUCUUUGGAGUUGUCUCAAAAGGUCUAACAGCUGUGGUCCAGACACAGCAGACUGUGGUGGCAGCAGUGGGAGAAGAGGCUCAUUUAAACUGUCACCUAAUACAGUUUGAAGACAUUCUUCAGGUCACAUGGCAGAAAGUUUUACCUGAAGGGGAGAUUAAUUUUGCCACCUACAACAACUUCUUUGGACAAAAUGUGAAUCCUAACUUCACAGACAGAGUGGAGAUUAAAGAUGGUGAACUGCAGAACAGCUCCAUCGUUAUCAGGAAGCUGAUGGAGCAGGAUGAAGGCUGCUAUCUCUGUCUGUUUAACUGCUACCCUGAUGGAGCUCUCACUGGUAGAACCUGCCUCCAACUCUAUGAGCUGCAUGAACCCAUUCUCCAUGUGAGAGAAUCAGACUCUGCUGAAGAGUCAGUUGUGUCCUGCUCGGCCACAGGACGACCUGCUCCAACAGUAACACUGACUGUCACACAACCACACCUCUCACACCACAACACUGUCAGAGUCAACAACACCAACGGUACAGUCACUGUCACCACCACAGCUGAGCUGGCACGUUCCCAUGACAACAGUGCACAGGUUGGAUGUGCAGUGCGAGUGCUCUCUGUUCAGAAAGAGGUGUUUCUGAUGAUUCCUGAGCUCAAACAGACGUCUGCUGAUGGUUUACCUCUGAUCAUUGUGUUGAUUGUGGUCUUGGUCUUUGUUUGCUGUGUUACUGCAGUCCUCUCUCUCCUUAUACGAAGACAAAAGAACAGGUGGUCACACAGGAACACAGGCAGAUGAAUGAGGUGCAACUCACAACAAUCAAAGACACUCAUGAAUAAAACAUUAACAUAUUAUUAUCAUUCAUUUGCAUCUUUAUGAUCUGUUGCUUUUUGUUGCUGUUGAUUUUAUUUUGUCUCUGAGGGGAUUUCAGUCUGUGUAACUCACACACUCUGUAAAUGUGUAAAUGAAUCUGUAAGAGCAGGUGUAUGAUUAUAGAUAGGUUUAUGUUUUUAUACUGUCUUAUCUUUAUAUUAUUACUGUAAGUAUUUUAAAACAUCUCUCUUUACAUUUUCUGUUUUUAAAAAAUUAUAUAUAACAUUUAAGCCAUUAUUGUUACAUUGAUGAUUUGUCUGCAAAACCAAUCCAGCUGUUUUUAUUAAAUAAUUGCAUAUCA